AUGGCUGUUUAUUAUAAAUUCAAAAGUGCUAAAGAUUAUGAUUCAGUUGCGAUUGACGGUCACUUUAUAUCGGUGGGACACUUGAAAGAAAAAAUAUUUGAAUUAAAGCAUUUGGGCAGAGGUACAGAUUUUGACCUUGUUGUCACCAACGCCCAGACUAAUGAAGAGUAUCUCGAUGAAGGAAUGUUAAUUCCCAAAAAUACUUCAGUUUUAAUACGCCGGGUUCCUGGACGUCCUCGCAAAGCCAUAGUUACUGCUCCUGUUACCGUGCAAGAAGAGGCUAAUGUCGAAAAUAAUUACGAUGAUGGUCAAGCUGUAAAAGGUGGUGUUUCUGGAGUAUAUCAACCUGCCACGAAUAAUGCUGAAGAUUUUGAAUGGGAUGAAUUUGGGAAUGACCUCUACGCGAUGCCUGAAACUGUACCUGUUCAGUCAAACAUCCCGGUUCAGGAUGCUGCUCCUGUUAGCAAGGAUGAUGAGGAGAGCAAGAUUAAAGCUUUAAUUGACACUCCAGCCUUAGAUUGGCAGCGUCAACCUUCUGAUGGCCUUGGUCCUGGUAGGGGUUUUGGACGGGGCAUGGGUGGAAGAAUGAUGGGUGGACGCGGUUUUGGUCGAGGUGGAUUUGAGAAGAAGACACCACCACCAGGCUACAUAUGCCACAGAUGCAAGGUGCCAGGGCAUUUCAUUCAGCACUGUCCAACGAAUGGUGAUCCCACCUUUGACAUCAAGAGGGUCAAACCUCCUACUGGAAUUCCAAAGUCAAUGUUGAUGGCAACUCCAGAUGGCUCGUAUGCGCUACCAAGUGGAGCCGUGGCAGUUCUUAAACCAAAUGAGGCUGCAUUCGAGAAAGAGAUUGAGGGAAUGCCAUCCACGCGUUCUGUUGGUGAUCUCCCUCCAGAACUGCAUUGUCCUCUUUGUAAAGAAGUUAUGAAGGAUGCUGUUCUUACGAGCAAGUGUUGUUUUACUAGCUUUUGUGAUAGAUGUAUAAGAGAUCACAUCAUAUCCAAAUCAAUGUGUGUGUGCGGGGCCACAAAUAUUCUCGCAGAUGAUCUGUUGCCUAACAAGACGUUACGCGAUACUAUUAACCGGAUUCUAGAAUCCAAUAAUAACAGCACUGAAAAUGGUGGGAGUGCUUUUCAAGUCCAAGACAUGGAAUCUCGCAAUCCACAAGCUAAGGUUCCAUCCCCUACACAGUCGGUUGCCUCAAAAGGACAGCAGAUGUCUGCUCCACCACCUCAAAGGGAGGAUACUCCGAAAGUUGGAGAUAUUGUUGAAGAAAAUAAGGCGUCGAAUCUGCACCUGGUACAGGUAAAGGGGAGAAGUAUAGAUGUGCCUGAUGUUUCAGAAGCUACACAUGACUCAAGAACAGUUAAAGAAGCUGCUUCACGGGGGAGUGGUCCUUUGGCUGAUGAAGAGGUACAACAGAAACCAGUUUCUGGGGAAGCAGGAAAGAAGAAGAAAAAGAAGAAAAUUCGGAUGCCUCCUGGUGCUCCAGAUAUGCAAUGGAGAAAUGCACAAGAACUUGUACCCGAGAAUUAUAUGAUGCCGUUAGGCCCUUCUGCUUUUAAUCCUUACUGGAAUGGCAUUCAACCUGGACUGGAUGGAUUCAUGCCUCCUCCAUAUGGUGGUCCCAUGCCACCAUACAUGGGUUACGGAUUUAAUCCAAUGGAAGUUCCAUUUCCUGGUGCUGUACCACAUGAUCCAUUUGGAGGACCUGGCUGUAUGUUUCCUUAUGGCCCUCCUCAGCCUCAGAGGGACCUUGCCGAGUUGGCCGUGGGAUUUAACUCGGGGCCACCCAUCAUGAGUCGAGAGGAAUUUGAAGCCCGCAAAGCUGAUCUGAAGAGGAAACGUGAAAUGGAGAGACGCAAUGAAAGACAAAUUCAUAGAGAUGGAGAAUACGGGAGAGAAGGGAGCAGCACAGGCUAUGCGACUUCGCGAUCCAAAUUCAAACCGAACCCGCCUCCACCUUCCGACAACCACCAUCGGCAUAACCGACACUCGCCGGAGCUUUCACGCCCGUCCUCCAAGAAGAAACACGAGACCCACCCAUCUCCCGACCCCCAUCAAAACCGCAGCCGGCAGCGGCACUCGGAAUCCCCUCCGGCGCCUCCCUCAUCUGCGGCCGAUCGGAAGCAGAAGCCAAGCGUCUUCUCCCGAAUCAGCUUCCCGGAAAACGAGAGGAAAAAGCCACCUUCGGCUCCGGCGCCGGCAUGCCCCACAGGUUCCUCCGGCAAGAGGGCGGUGCCCCACCACCCCUCGAACGGACACCACCACCACCAUGAGGCGGUGGACAAUGACAGCAGUGAUGACGAGAGGCAUUUCAAGAGGCGGCGCUCUUCUUCAUCGAGGUACGAGUCGCCGCCGCCUCCUGCCGAGGAGGAGCACCGCCGGCGGUCAAGGGACAGGGAAAGGGAACGUCAUAGCAAGCAUAGAUGA